AUUUUAGGUUAUGAAUAAACCAAUGUAAUUUACUCUAUUAGCAACAGAAUAGAAUAGACUAGUCAGGUCUUAAUAUUAAAUAUGAGUAUUGCAAUGGAUAAAAAUAAACUAAAGAAGGACUCACCUGGGAAGUCACCAAGUGCCAAAAUAGAAAAAAUCGUUAACGGGAAGAAAAAUUUGGAAAAGAAAACUGUUGAACAGAGUCCUAAGAAAUAUGAACUAAUCACAACAGAAUCUAUAACAACAAUAGGAGAAUCUAUUGGAUUGUCAGAAAUCUCUGAAGAUGCUCGCACUGUUUUGGCGGAAGAUAUCUCAUACAAGCUUAGAGAGAUGGUUAAUAACUGUGCAAUACUACUACACAACAACAAAAGGAGAAAACUCCUCACAGAGGACGUCAACAGAGUUCUAGAAGCCUCCGAUUGUCCCAUGGUGUAUGGACAUUCAGCGCCUCAUGCGUUGGACUUUAUACAUGUUCCGAAAGCUGAAGUGUUUGUGGAAAAUGAUGCAGAAAUGGACAUUGUAGCAUUGUCUAGUCUGGCAACAGGAUUUACAAAGUUGGGCGAUGAAUAUGUUAAAGGCUUGUGGCUGCUGCCUGACCCGGUAGACAAGACCGAGCCCCCGAGUGUCAAGGAUGAGCCGAGCUCUAGCACAGCCACUCCACCCAGACCACCCCAGCGCCCAGACGACCAACCCACCCAGGCCAAGCCUCCUCCUCACUUUAUCAACUACUACCUGCAAGUCGCCCGUGUCGUCAUCGGAGGCUCCGAGCCCCAUCUCAGGGUAGCUCUAGCUGACCUAAGGACCAAUUCCAAGAUAGGUUCGUUGGUGCCUUACUUCUUAAACUUGGUUGCAUUGUCUGUCAAUAAACUGCAACGCAACGGCCGACUAACAGACGCUCUAUUGCGGACCGUGGAGGCGUUAGUGGACAACCCUUACGUUGAUCCAAGCUCACAACUUGCUGUAAACAGAGCAGUGAAUGCUCUACUGGUGGUCGCUAUUGAGCCUAAAGCUGCAAAGAACUGUGAUGAUUUACUUCUCCGUAAAAGAGCUGCUAUACUGCUUGCUAAGGUGCUGGUGUGCUGGAGUAUUGAGUUAAAGCAGCAGAUGGACACAGUGCGUCAGUUGCUGCAGCUGCUACUAGAUAGCAGCCUUAGUCUCAAAUCACACUAUGGAGCUGUCGUCUGUCUCACGGCCCUGGGUCAGCGUACGCUGGACUCAUACUUCUGGCCGAUACUUGAACGCUACAUCUCAGUGUUGGAGGAUCACAAGACAUCGCCAGCCGACGCGCAGGAUGUGCAGUGUGUCAAAGGGGCAAUCAUGGUGGCUGUUGAGAGAAUGUACAGAAGAGGCAGAAAUCAUCUGAAAGGUGAAGAUGUCAACAGAAGGCAGAAAGUAGAACAGAGACUUAGCGAGUUUUUGGGAGACGCUCUCAUUCCAAGGUACAAUUUAAAACCUCCUGGCUCAGCAUUCCCCGGAACUCAAGUUGUGCUGAGUGACUCAGACAGCAAGGAGCAGCAUCCGUUUGCUGAUGUGGAUCUCAGCAUUCGCGAGUCGUUGUUGAAGACCUCCAACCAGUCGCUGUUCCCGUACCAGCCAGACACUCGAGGCAUGAUGCCCAAGCUACACAUGUACUCUGUCUUCUCUCUGUCACCUUGCGCCUUUAGACAACCCAAAGAAAUCCUCUUCAACUUCAUCGGCUCCAAUCAGAAGCACCCCUCUAUGUUGAAGCGGCGGAAAAUCGGCGAGCUGCUACAGAAAGACUUUAAAAGCAAUCAUUACCGAUUUGCUCAAAAGUGGCGACAACAGAAUAUUCUGAAAAAGACUCGAAGCACCAAAUAUUGUUCUCCGUCAUACAAAAAGUCGAGUGUGGGAGAUUUGUUUGGUUUUUUAUAACGUUUGAUUUUGUCGAUAGCCUGUCUGUGAUAAAGAUUAGAUCUUAAGUUAGUUUGUAGUCAGAAAACAUUUUACCUCAUGAUUGGCAGGUGUUGCUAGUAAAAGUUUGGAACCCUCCAAUGGUAGUAGUUCUGAUUUAAGAAUGAAAAUUAAAAUAAUAUAUUUUUCUAUGUAGCCUAUACCAUACUUGAUGUUGCUCUACAGGCAUUUUAUAAAUAUCAUCCAACAGAUAGAGGUAUUCAUAAUAAUCUGAAAGUUGAAAUAAUUCUUAUACCACUCAAUUGAAACUCAGUUCUUGAGACUUGAGCCUACUGUUUCUUGAUUUAGAUAUAUUGUGCCAAAUAGUUUUUACUGUAUUGUUUAUUUGACAAGUGACUCCUUGCCUUUUUGAUGCCCUGAACCAUCACUUGAAUGCUGAAAACAAGUACAAUGUCGAUCAAUAUAAAUAUUUUAUUUUAAUACAAUGUAGUUUUUGUACUUUAUAUCAUUCUCAGUAUCUGUACUAAGUAUUAUUA